CAGGAACAUUUGUGGAGACCUUUAUAUAUUCCACCUGUCUAUUAAAAGGAAGCUCUAUACAGGUUAGCGAUGUCUGCCCAUAGGUUAAUCUCCAACCGAACAGCUCAGCAGGCUUUAUCUAACUCUGAUUAUACUUGGGAGUAUGAGUACUAUGAAUAUGGACCAGUUUCCUUUGAAGGACUGAAAGCUCAUAAAUAUUCCAUUGUGAUUGGAUUUUGGGUUGGUCUGGCAGUUUUUGUCAUUUUCAUGUUCUUUGUGCUGACUUUGCUGACGAAGACAGGAGCACCGCACCAAGACAAUACGGAACCCUCUGAAAAAAGAUUUCAUGUGAGUAGCUUUGUGGCAGACUUUGGAAAACCUCUAGAAUCAGACAAGGUCUUUUCACGUCAAGUAGCUGAAGAGUCCAGGUCUCUCUUUCACUUUUACAUUAAUGAAGUGGAGCAUUUGGACAAAGCAAAACAAAGCCAUAAAGCCCCAGGUCGGGAUAGAAAUGCUCACUUCCAGGAAGUAGCUAGGAACAGUGGAAGGCUGGAGGAGGAGCUGAACUGCCUUACAAAAUUUAACAUCCCCAACUUCGUGAACACUGAUCAGAAUUCUUCACUGGGUGAAGAUGAUCUGCUGAUUUCAGAACCACCAAUCAUCUUGGAAAGCAAGCCAGUUAUCCAAACCUCCCGUCAGAUCCUUGACUGAAACAAACCUUGAUUUCUAAAGCAAAGUGUCUUUAUUGUUUCUGUGGUAUCAGGAAUUCUUACCCAGCUGCUAACAUCAGACCUUUUAGCCUAUUUCAAUAGAAGGUAUUUAAUAUCUUACCUCUGUGUUUUGUUGUAAAUAUUGAACUAAGGACUGACCUUACUUUCAUAUAAAGUGAAAUACUUAAUAGUUUGUCAGGAGAUACUUUUUAUGUCACUGUUUCCUAUGAUCAGAACCUUCCUCAUCAUUGCUGGUAUUGCUUGCUAUUUGUUUUAUUUAACUAGCCAUAAUGCCUAUCCACCUAGUGCAGAUGCGGCUCUUGCCCCCCAAAAGUGUGGCUCGCAAAGCCGCUCCUGUGCCCCCCCAAACGUUAAAAUGUGUAGCAUCCCCACCCAUUUUUAUGAUGUUAUUAAGUGAUUUUAAGGGGAUGAGAUACUAUGGAGUGGAUACCUCUUUGAGAAUUACUGAUACUUUUGUAAAUCAUGUUAAAUUGUCUUUUCAAUAAAUUUGUGAAGGCAAAAUAAUGCUUCUCGUUUAAGGUGUGUAACUAUACAUUAAUUUAAUUAUGGCAAGUUUACUUUAAAUGUUGACUCUGCUUGUUUUGUCUAUAUAUAUAAUUUAUAAUGUUUAUACAUUGAUCGGCUACGUCUACACUGGCGUGAU